AUGCCACCAAUUCGCAAUAAAAAUGCAAGACCCUCUAUAGAAAUAGAGGGCAGGAUUGAACUUGCUAUCUCUACUCUUAAAAAGCAAGAAAUUAGCUCAAUUGCUGAAGCUGCACGGCUAUUUAAUUCUUAUGCAGUCAGUGACUAUGAAGACUACAUCAUCGAGCAAAUGGAACCUGCAAGAACCAGUCUACGCGCAAAUUCAACCAAAUUGACUAAGACUGAAGAGGAUCAGCUAGUUCAAUGGAUCCUAGACCUAGCUAAAUGA